CUCAGACUGAGCCGUCCUUUUCAUCACACACACAAAAAUAAAAAUUACAAUUUCAAAGGUGCUGGUGAUGGUGGCUGGGAAGUGAGUCGGACAGCCUCUGCAUUCAAUAUCGGACGCUCCACAAGCAAUUGUAAAAAAAACAGACCCCACCCUCGAACUGAAAUGGUGAAAUUCACAGCAAACGGAGGCUGAGCUGCUUAAUCAUUUACCCAAUUUUCAGUUUCAAUGAAUUUUUAACUCAUAGUGUAUACUCUAAUUUCUUGUCUGUUGUUAAUUGUUGCAUGACCAAACAUGUCCUUCUUCUUCCUCUCUCCCUUCCUUCUCCUUCUCUCCCCUGCUCUUUCCUUCCCCAGUGGUAAUGCUUCUCUUCUUCCCACCUCUUUUAACUAAUUUAACUAACGCGCUUUCUGCUUUACUCAACUGCUUUCCUUUCCUUCUCCUCGCAGAUAUUUCUUACUAUAUAGACUGCGGCGGCCCCACUAACUCCACCGACCACUUCAACACCACCUGGCUCUCCGACCGCUUCUUCACUGGCGGCCUUACUUCCGUCGUCUCUGAGCCCCUUCACUUCCGCUUCCCUCAGGAGAAGACUCUCCGUUUUUUUCCUCUUUCCUCUGGGAAGAAGAACUGCUAUAUUGUUCCGCUUCCUAGUGGCCGUUACUAUAUUCGUACUUUCACUGUUUAUGACAACUAUGACGGUAAGUCUCAUUCUCCGAGUUUCGAUGCCUCCGUUGAAGGAACUCUUGUUUUCUCCUGGCGCUCCCCUUGGUCUGAGAAUCUCGCUCGUGACGGUGCUUACUCUGAUCUCUUCGCGUUUGUUAAAGAUGGUGAGGCGGAUAUCUGUUUUUACAGCAUUGCUACUGAUCCUCCGGUGAUCGGUUCUCUCGAAAUCCGUCAAAUUGAUUCGCUGUCGUAUGAUUCUGAUAAAAUUGGUAACAAUUUCAUCCUCGUCAACUACGGCCGUUUAUCCUGCGGCUCCCUCCAAGGGGGACCAGGGUUCAGCAGCGAUACUGACGUCUUCGGCCGCUCUUGGCAGUCCGAUUCUGUAUUUCGAUCCCAAAGCACCUCAAACAAAUUUCAUUCCUUCUCCACCCGAGAAAAAAUAACUGGCACAGGUCAGGCACCGAAUUUCUUCCCAAUGAAGCUUUACCAGUCUGCAGUUACGGGAAACGGAGUUUUGGAGUACGAAGUAACCGUGGAUGCGAAAUUGGAUUACGUGCUGUGGUUUCACUUCGCUGAGAUUGAUUCGAUCGUGAAGAAGAAGGGGCAGAGAGUCUUUGAUGUGCUGGUGAAUGACAAAAACGUUAGUAGAGUUGAUAUUUAUGCGCAGGUUGGGAGCUUCGCAGCCUAUAGCUUCCAGUAUACGGUGCACAAUCUGAGCAGUAGUGCGUUGACUGUGAAGCUAAGGCCGGUUACGGGGGCGCCACUGAUUAGUGGAAUUGAGAAUUAUGCUCUGAUUCCGAACGAUAUCUCCACAGCUCCUGAGCAAGUUGCUGCUAUGAAAGCAUUGAAGGUGUCUCUUCGUGUUCCUGAUAGAAUGGGUUGGAACGGUGAUCCUUGCGCUCCUACUAACUGGGAUACUUGGGAAGGUGUUACCUGCCAUUCCAACAAAGAUGGAACUGCUCUUGUUAUAUCCCAAAUAGAUCUCGGAAGCCAGGGCUUGAAAGGUUACUUAAGUGAUCAGAUUAGUCUUUUAUCAAACUUGGUAAGCCUGAAUUUAAGUUCUAAUUCUUUGGUAGGCACUCUUCCAUCAGGGCUAGGUCAUAAAUCACUUGUGCGGUUGGAUUUAUCAAACAAUCAGUUCUCUGGACCCAUACCAGAAAGUCUAGCAUCUUCAAGUCUGCAGCUUGCGUUAUUGAGUAAUAACUUGUUGGAAGGACCAGUGCAAGAGGAGCUUUAUUCAAUUGGUGUGCAUGGUGGAACUAUUGACCUGUCUGGUAACAAAGGUUUGUGUGGAGUUCCCUCUUUGCCACAAUGCUCAUUAUUUUGGGAAAAUGGGCAUUUAUCCACUGGUGGUAAAAUUGUGCUAGCCCUAUCGUGUCUUGUUUUUGUCUCUUUGCUUCUCUUGGGAGUAUGCAUAUGCAUCAAGAGGGGGAGAAAUGAUUAUGACUUUGCCCCCACUCAUGAUUUAACAACAAUGGCUGCAAAGAGAAACAGAUAUCAGAGGCAGAAGUCCUUGAUGCUUCUUGAAAUGGAGAGCCAACAUGCUAAAGGAUUGCCAUCACCUUAUGGUCCCCAUUAACAGUCUUCUUGAGAAAGCAUAGUACUAAUCUUGAUAGUCUUCAUUGCACCAAGAGGGCAUAGUCCCAUGGAGAGGGGACAUAUAAUGUGACUUAAUACAACAUGCACAGAUAGGAUGUGAGCUGCAUCAGUGCUUCUCAAAGACAAGAAACAAUGGAUUUGGAAUCUUUUGACAAUCGAAACAGAGAUGGGGUCUUCAGAAAUCUCAUAUUCUAUAGAAAAUGCAAUGUAUCACAUUUUAUUCUCACUGACAAAGAAAAGCCUCCCUGACAUAUCAUAUACCCAUUUUGUGGCAUUUUAUGAAUAUAUCCCUGCGAAUUUACCUUCUUUCUGUUUUUUUCCUUCACAUUUUGGCAUUAAGGUUCCAUGUUGAUUAUUGAUGUAUGCUAAACGUGUAGCUGACUAUUUCUAAACACUAAACAAUUAUUCUUUACUUA